AAAAAAAAAAAACAUAAACGGAGAAAGAGAGAGAGAACGAUACAGAAGAGAAGCCAAGGUCGCAGAGAGAAACAAUACACACGGCGACAGAUAUAUUUCCCGGCGAAACGGGAACAAUAAUAUAUACAGAGAGAGAGAGAGAUUUAGUGAGAGAGCUUUCUAGGGUUUUCUUCUUCUCGAUUUAUCUUCCUUUGACCUCGAUCUAUUCCUCUUCCUUCUCCAUAAAUUUUCCCUUCUUCUCACCUUCAUUCAUAUCUCUCCUAGCUCCAUUCUAGGGUUCUUGAUCCGUUUCUCUACCUUUUCGUUUUCUUCCUCCGGGUUGUUUAAUUUACUCCGGCGGGUGACCAAAUUGGCGGUGGCAAAGUAUGAGUAUUGAUUUCCCUGGGAAAGGGGAGAGUUAGGGAAGUUUGGGCUAGAGAGAAAUUGGAUUGGGUUUCCAUGAGCGAUGGGGGUGUCGCAUGCAUGCCUCUACUGAAUAUCAUGGAAAAGCUUCCAAUUGUGGAGAAGACGACUCUUUGUGGAGGCAAUGAAAGCAAGACUGCUGCUACUACGGAAAAUGGUCACACAUCUAUCGCAACCAAGGUUCCGGAGUCUCAGCCAGCUAAUAAACCUUCAGCGUCGUCUCAGCCAGUUAAGAAGAAGAGAAUUGUUAAGGUAAUUCGUAAAGUGGUUAAGAGGAGACCAAAGCAGCCGCAGAAACAAGCUGAUGAGCAGCUGAAAGACCAGCCACCUUCCCAGGUAGUGCAACUCCCUGCAGAAUCACAGUUGCAGAUUAAAGAGCAGGAUAAGAAGAGUGAGUUUAAAGGAGGAACUAGUGGGGUUAAAGAAGUGGAAAACGGUGGAGAUUCUGGGUUUAAGGAUGAAGUGGAAGAGGGUGAAUUAGGUACGUUAAAGCUUCAUGAGGAUUUGGAGAACGGUGAAAUCUCUCCAGUAAAGUCAUUGCAGAAGAGUGAGAUUGAAAAGGGCGAGAUUGUUGGGGAGAGUUGGAAGAAAGAUGAACCUACCAAGGGUGAGUUCAGUCAUCUAAAAUAUCAUAAAGGGUAUGUGGAGAGAAGGGAUUUUUCAGCAGAUAAGAACUGGAAAGGAGGUAAAGAAGAAAGAGAAUUCAGAUCAUGGAGAGAUCCCAGUGAUGAAAUUGAAAAGGGGGAAUUCAUCCCAGACAGAUGGCAAAAAAUGGAUACAGGAAAAGAUGAUCAUAGUUAUAUCAGAUCUCGUAGGAAUGGAGUAGACAGAGAGAAAACGUGGAAAUAUGAAUAUGAAUAUGAACGUACCCCGCCAGGUGGAAGGUUUGUGAAUGAGGAUAUCUACCACCAGAGAGAGUUCAGAAGUGGGCUUGACAGGACUACGAGGAUCAGUUCUAAAAUUGUUAUAGAGGAAAAUUUACAUAAGAAUGAAUACAACAAUUCCAGUAAUUUUGUAAAGGAGUACUCUUCUACUGGGAACAGAUUGAAGCGACAUGGAGCUGAACCAGAUAGCAUUGAGCGCAAACAUUCCUAUGCUGAUUAUGGGGAUUAUGGGAGUUCUAAAUGUAGAAAACUUUCAGAUGAUUGUUCCCGCUCUCUUCACUCGGACCACUACUCACAGCAUUCUGCUGAGAGACUGUACAGAGAUUCAUAUCCAUCAAAAAAUUCAUCUCUGGAAAAGUAUCCUAGAAAGCAUCAAGACGCAUCUUUCCCUGCCAAGGCUUUUUCAGACAAACAUGGACACAGCCCUUCGCGAUCUGACUGGUCCCCACAUGACCGGUCUAGGUACCAUGAAAACAGGGAUAGAAGUCCAUAUGCUCGGGAGAGAUCACCAUACAUCUUUGAGAAGUCUUCACAUGCUCGUAAAAGAUCUCCUCGUGACCGCCGUCACCAUGAUUAUAGAAGAAGUCCAAGUUACUCUGAGUGGUCACCUCAUGAUCGCUCUAGGCCUAGUGAUCGCAGGGACUAUAUUCCUAACUUUAUGGAAGAUACCCAGAGCGAUCGUAACAGGCGCAAUGGGCAUAGGGAAAUAAGCAGGAAAAGUGGAGUUAGGGAGAGGAGGGAUUGUCAGACUGGUACGGAGCUUGAGAUUAAGCACAAAUAUAAGGAAUCUAAUGGAAAAGAGUCAACCUCGUCAAGCAAAGAAUUGCAAGGUAAAAACAUUUUGUACAACAAUAGUCUGCUGGUUGAGAAAAAUUCCGUCUGUGAUUCAUCCAAGAUUCCAGUUCCGUGUGCAACGGGAAAAGAGCCUGUGCAAGUUGGUGAAGCCCCAACAGAAGAGUUGCCAUCAAUGGAGGUAGAUAUGGACAUUUGUGACACACCACCUCACGAGCCUAUGGCGUCUGAUUCAUCCUUGGGGAAGUGGUUUUAUCUUGAUUACUAUGGCACAGAACAUGGGCCUGCAAGGUUAUCCGAUCUCAAAGCUCUUAUGGAGCAAGGCAUUCUGUUCUCCGAUCAUAUGAUAAAGCAUUCAGAUAAUAAUAGGUGGCUCGUAAAUCCUCCUGAAGCUCCUGGUAAUUUAUUAGAAGACAUUGCAGAUACUACUGAAGCAGUUUGUAUUGAGCAAGGAGCUGGAGAUUCCUUGCCUGAAUUAGUGUCCGUACGGACCCUACCAGAUGGUAAAGAAAUUUUUGUAGAGAAUCGUGAAGAUUUCCAGAUUGAUAUGAGGGUCGAAAAUCUCUUGGAUGGUCGUACUAUCACUCCUGGCAGAGAAUUUGAAACACUUGGAGAAGCUCUGAAGGUUAAUGUUGAGUUUGAGGAGACCAGAAGAUGUGUGACAUCUGAAGGAGUUGUUGGGAUGUUCCGCCCCAUGAAAAGGGCGAUCGAAGAAUUUAAGUCAGACGAUGCUUAUGGUUCCGAGAGUGAUGAGAUAGGCAGCUGGUUUUCAGGUCGUUGGUCUUGCAAAGGCGGGGAUUGGAUAAGACAAGAUGAAGCUUCUCAAGAUAGAUAUUACAAAAAGAAAAUUGUUCUGAAUGAUGGUUUCCCGUUAUGCCUGAUGCAGAAAUCUGGUCAUGAGGAUCCUCGGUGGCAUCACAAGGAUGACUUGUAUUAUCCUCUCAGUAGCUCUAGGCUUGAACUUCCUCUGUGGGCUUUUUCUGUUGUAGAUGAGAGAAAUCAGACGAGGGGAGUAAAAGCUAGUUUGCUGUCCGUAGUUAGGCUGAACUCUUUGGUUGUUAAUGACCAAGUUCCACCAAUUCCUGAUCCUCGAGCAAAAGUUCGUAGUAAGGAGAGGUGCCCUUCAAGGCCUGCUCGUCCAUCCCCUGCAUCUAGUGAUUCCAAGAGGGAAUCAGUAGAAAGUCAUUCCCAAUCAACAGCUUCCACUGGUCAAGAUUCACAGGGACUUUGGAAAACCGACACAUCUGUAAACACUCCUAGGGAUCGUCUGUGUACAGUCGAUGAUUUGCAAUUGCAUAUAGGUGAUUGGUUCUACACGGAUGGGGCUGGACAAGAACAAGGACCUCUGUCAUUUUCGGAGCUCCAGAAAUUGGUGGAGAAAGGUUUCAUUAAGAGCCACAGCAGUGUCUUCAGGAAAUCUGAUAAAAUCUGGGUCCCUGUUACUUCUAUCACAAAAUCUCCUGAAACCAUUGCCAUGCUUCGGGGGAAAACCCCAGCUCUGCCUUCAGCUUGUCAAGGCCUUGUUGUCUCAGAGACUCAAGAUUUCAAGUAUUCUGAAAUGGACACAAGUCUAAACUCGUUCCAUGGUGUGCACCCUCAGUUUCUUGGUUAUUUCCGUGGGAAACUUCAUCAAUUGGUUAUGAAAACAUUCAAGAGUCGGGAUUUUUCUGCUGCCAUAAACGAUGUUGUAGACUCUUGGAUCCAUGCAAGACAGCCUAAGAAAGAGAGUGAAAAGUACAUGUACCAAUCAUCAGAAUUGAAUUCUUGCUAUACGAAAAGAGCUCGCUUGAUGGCUGGUGAAAGUGGAGAAGAUUCUGAAAUGGAAGAUACCCAAAUGUUUCAGAAGGAUGAGUUGACAUUUGAGGAUUUAUGUGGGGACUUAACCUUCAAUAUCGAAGGAAAUAGAUCUGCUGGCACCGUGGGGAUUUACUGGGGUCUGUUGGAUGGCCAUGCAUUAGCACGGGUGUUUCAUAUGUUGAGAUAUGAUGUAAAAUCACUUGCAUUUGCUUCCAUGACUUGUAGACAUUGGAAGGCCACUAUUAAUUCAUACAAAGAUAUUUCAAGACAAGUUGACUUAUCUUCUUUGGGUCCCAGCUGCACAGAUUCUAGGCUCAGGAGUAUUAUGAACACUUACAACAAGGAGAAGAUAGACUCUAUAAUUCUGGUUGGUUGUACAAACGUGACUGCCAGCAUGCUUGAGGAAAUUCUUCGUUUACAUCCCCGUAUAUCUUCUGUAGACAUCACAGGCUGCUCCCAGUUUGGAGAUUUGACAGUGAACUAUAAAAACGUAAGUUGGCUCAGAUGCCAGAAUACUCGAUCAGGUGAAUUACAUUCCAGGAUAAGGAGUCUGAAACAGACUACAGAUGUUGCUAAGUCUAAGGGUUUAGGGGGCGAUACAGAUGAUUUUGGUAACCUUAAGGAUUACUUUGAUCGAGUAGAAAAGCGAGACUCAGCCAAUCAGUUAUUCCGGAGAAGCUUAUACAAACGCUCAAAAUUGUACGAUGCAAGGAGAUCAUCUGCCAUACUAUCCAGGGAUGCUCGUAUCAGGCGAUGGGCAAUUAAAAAGUCAGAACAUGGGUAUAAGCGAGUGGAGGAAUUCCUUGCUUCAAGUCUUCGAGGCAUAAUGAAGCAGAAUACUUUUGACUUCUUUGCAUUGAAGGUUUCUCAGAUCGAGGAAAAAAUGAAAAAUGGUUACUACGUUAGUCAUGGUUUGAGAUCUGUCAAGGAGGAUAUCAGCCGGAUGUGCAGGGAAGCAAUUAAAGAUGAACUAAUGAAAUCAUGGCAAGAUGGCUCUGGGCUCUCAUCAGCCACUAAGUACAACAAGAAGUUGAGUAAAACAGUAGCUGAAAAGAAGUACAUGAGCAGGACUAGUGACACAUUUGGUGUAAAUGGUGCUUCUGACUAUGGAGAGUAUGCAUCUGACCGAGAAAUCAAAAGGCGUUUGUCUAAACUGAAUCGUAAAUCGUUUAGUUCGGAAAGUGACACAUCUUCUGAACUUUCUGACAAUGGCAAGAGUGACAACUAUAGCUCAGCUUCGGCUUCAGAAAGUGAAUCGGACAUCCGUUCAGAAGGUCGAUCACAAGACUUACGCAUCGAAAAAUACUUCACAGCAGACGAUUCUUUUGAUUCGGUGACCGAAGAGCGUGAAUGGGGUGCACGCAUGACCAAAGCUAGUCUUGUGCCACCUGUUACUAGGAAAUAUGAAGUGAUUGAAAAGUAUGCAAUUGUUGCGGAUGAGGAGGAAGUACAACGAAAGAUGCGGGUUUCUUUGCCAGAGGACUAUGGUGAGAAGCUUAAUGCACAAAGAAAUGGCAUUGAAGAAUUAGAUAUGGAACUGCCUGAAGUCAAGGAGUAUAAACCAAGAAAGCUUCUUGGCGAUGAGGUUUUAGAGCAAGAGGUUUAUGGAAUCGAUCCUUACACCCAUAACCUCUUACUUGAUUCAAUGCCUGGAGAAUUGGACUGGUCACUGCAGGAUAAACAUUCAUUUAUAGAAGAUGUAGUCUUACGGACCCUGAACAGGCAAGUUCGGCUGUUCACUGGAUCUGGAAGCACCCCUAUGGUAUUCCCUUUAAGGCCUGUGAUUGAAGAGCUCAAAGAGAGUGCUCGUGAAGAGUGUGAUAUACGAACAAUGAAGAUGUGUCAAGGCGUCUUAAAGGAAAUAGAAAGUCGUUCUGAUGAUAAAUAUGUUUCUUAUCGGAAGGGCCUUGGUGUUGUGUGCAACAAAGAAGGUGGUUUUGGAGAAGAAGAUUUUGUUGUUGAAUUUCUUGGAGAGGUUUAUCCUGUUUGGAAGUGGUUUGAGAAGCAAGAUGGGAUCCGUUCCUUACAGGAAAACAAAACUGAUCCUGCACCAGAGUUCUACAAUAUAUAUCUUGAGAGACCAAAGGGUGAUGCUGAUGGAUAUGAUUUAGUCGUUGUUGAUGCCAUGCACAUGGCUAACUACGCAAGUCGAAUUUGUCACUCUUGCCGACCUAAUUGUGAAGCUAAGGUUACUGCGGUGGAUGGACACUACCAGAUUGGCAUCUAUUCAGUACGCGCUAUUGAAUAUGGCGAGGAGAUAACUUUCGAUUAUAAUUCUGUAACUGAGAGUAAGGAAGAAUAUGAAGCGUCUGUUUGCUUGUGUGGUAGCCAAGUAUGUCGAGGCAGCUACUUGAAUCUCACUGGUGAAGGUGCAUUUCAGAAGGUGUUGAAGGAUUGGCAUGGUCUGCUGGAACGACACAGACUGAUGCUGGAAGCUUGUGUAUUGAAUUCAGUUUCAGAAGAAGAUUAUCUUGAGUUGGGAAGAGCUGGACUGGGAAGUUGUUUGCUUGGUGGGUUGCCAGAUUGGAUGAUUGCUUAUUCUGCUCGUCUGGUCCGGUUCAUCAAUUUCGAGAGAACAAAGCUACCCGAGGAAAUUCUUAAGCACAAUCUAGAAGAAAAGAGAAAAUACUUUUCAGAUAUACACCUUGAUGUUGAGAAAAGUGAUGCUGAGGUUCAGGCUGAGGGUGUCUACAAUCAGAGGCUUCAGAAUUUGGCUGUUACACUUGACAAGGUGCGAUAUGUUAUGAGACAUGUGUUUGGGGAUCCAAAGAACGCUCCUCCUCCGCUGGAGAGGCUUACUCCUGAAGAAACAGUGUCUUUUGUUUGGAACGGGGAUGGCUCUUUAGUUGAUGAGCUUCUUCAGAGCCUGUCACCGCACCUUGAAGAAGGCCCUCUUAAUGAACUCAGAUCAAAGAUUCAUGGCCAUGAUCCAUCUGGAUCUGCUGAUGUUUUAAAGGAACUUCAGAGAUCGUUACUUUGGUUGAGAGAUGAGAUCCGAGAUCUCCCAUGUACAUACAAGUGUCGGAAUGAUGCUGCAGCUGAUUUAAUUCACAUAUAUGCCUAUACCAAGUGCUUUUUCAAAGUUCGGGAAUACCAGUCCUUUAUCUCUUCUCCUGUACACAUUAGUCCGUUAGAUUUGGGGGCUAAGUAUGCUGACAAGUUAGGUGAGAGUAUAAAGGAGUACCGGAAGACUUAUGGCGAGAACUAUUGUCUCGGGCAGCUAAUUUACUGGUAUAACCAGACAAAUACUGAUCCAGAUCUUACAUUGGUGAAAGCAACCAGAGGUUGCUUGUCUUUACCCGAUGUUGCUUCCUUCUAUGCAAAGGCCCAGAAACCAUCGAAGCAUCGUGUAUAUGGCCCAAAGACGGUGAAAACUAUGGUUUCACAGAUGUCUAAGCAACCUCAAAGACCGUGGCCAAAGGAUAAAAUAUGGACGUUCAAAAGCACCCCAAGAGUAUUUGGAAGCCCGAUGUUCGAUGCCGUCCUUAAUAACUCAUCAUCACUAGAUAGAGAACUGUUGCAGUGGUUAAGAAAUAGACGGCAUGUCUUCCAAGCGACAUGGGAUAGUUAGGUAAAAAAUCUUCUUUAUUAUUUAGCAGGUUGCCCUUUUGGGAAAGCGAGAAGUCGGGGCAACACACAGUUACUAUAAAUAGUCUCAUAUCCAUGAACAAAGCCAUUCACUGCAAAGGUCCUCAGCUUUCCCCUCAUUCUUGUGUAUAGCUCUUUGCCAUAUAUGUGAUUUUGGAACUUGGUAAUAACUUUGGGUUAGGACCAUUGUUAUUCUGGUUAGAUUAGGCUUACAUAAUUUUCAGAGAGGAGAAUCAUUUGACUAGGUUUCUCUUCUGUCUUUUUUUUUUUUUUUUUACUUUAGUAAUAAUAAUAAUAGUUAAUGUGUUCUUGUUCCUAAUCUAUUAAAGCUUGGUACCGAGAUAAGAAGUGAAAUAGAAUAAUUCAGUAUUUUGAUUCAAGCAUUUUUUUUC